UUUGAGAAGAGAGAGUUUUGUUCAGCGGCGGAGCCUCCAGCCCGGAGCGCACGCAUGUUCAGUGGACUCGAAUGGUGUGAAACCCCAGAUGAGGGACUCAGGCGUCCGGGAAUGACAGUCGCUGUCACCGGGAGUGACAGCAUUCACUCUAAGCUACUCCGCUAAAAAGCCUCCAGUUGACACUAACACUGAUCCGGAUCGGAUCCAGCCGGGCCAGGACUAUGCCAGAGAUGGAGAAAGGGAGACCACCGGAAAAUAAACGCAGCAGGAAACCUGCGCACCCUGUGAAGAGGGAGAUCAACCAGGAGAUGAAGGUGAGAACGUUUGCAGAAAGCACAAUGAACGAGCUUCUGGGAUGGUACGGCUACGACAAGGUAGACCUCAGAGACUCAGAGGCCAACGAGAUCAGAAACUACAGAGAGAGGCGUCAGCAUGUGUCUGUGCUAAAAGAGAACUCAUUGCCAAAAUCCAAGAGCCUGGACACCAAAGUCAGUCACUCAGUCCUCGCCAUGAAGAGUGGAGAGAGAGUGUCCAGUGUUCCCUCCUCUUCAUCCUCCUCCUCCUCAACAAGUUCAACCCUGACCACCCCCAAGGAGCACACGAGUGCCCCUGUCAUUGUCCCCCUGAUAAAGCCAUCAGCAGUGGAAGAUGUACAGAAUGUGCAGAUAGUGUGUGUUUGGUGCCAGAAGGAAGGGGUAAAACGCUACUCUCUAUGUAUGGGUUCAGAACUCAAGAGCUUCUGCAGUGAGAAGUGCUUUGCUGCCUGCAGACGGGCCUACUUCAAACGCAAUAAGGCCAGAGACGAAGACCUCCACUGUGAGAGAUCCCCUCAGCACCCCCAUACAGAGGACUCGCCUAGACUGUUGUUAAAGAUAAACAGCAAUGUCAGAUCUCUCUCCCCUGUGCCACAGGUAUGUGAUUGGUGCAAGCAUGUCCGUCACACUAAAGAAUACCUGGACUUUGGAUCUGGCGAGGAACGACUCCAGUUCUGCAGCACCAAGUGUCUGAAUCAGUACAAGAUGGAUGUUUUCUACCGAGAAGCCCGUGCAGCUCUCACCAGCUCCAGCCCAAGCACAACCAGCCAGGAGGGGAGGACGGAGACCGUUGUGGCCGGGCAAAAGCUACUCACUCCUGAGUCUUGGAGCAGCAGCAGCAGUGCAGGAGAAGCUCGUCACAGAAACAUUUCCCCUAGAGGGCCUACGCCAAUCCAUGGAUCAGCGGAAUCCACCUCCAUGUCCCCCUCAGAGGCAUCCUCUUCUAAUUCCAAGAUCCCUGUAUCUGGGAUGAGGAACCUGGAGAGACCCAUCCAGCCUCCUCCCCCAGCUAUGUCACCCCACCCUGCUCCCCUUCAUCCUCCACCUCAUCCUCGUCCCCCUCUGGAACAUCAGCCGGUACCUCACAUCCCAAUGACCUUCAUCAGGCCUCCUCUUCAUGCUCAGGGCCUGAAAAGCCCCCUUACCAACCCCCCCAGGCACCCAGGCCCCCCUUCAAGCCCUAUCCACAGACCCCCUCACUCUCCUCACCUGCAGCACCCGAACUCUUCCAUGAAUCCCCCUGGACUGAUGCAUCCCUUUCCAGGAGCCUACUUCCCUGGUUUGCACUCGCCUCCUCUGAACAUGAUGCCAAGAGGUCCUGUCCCAAUGCCUCCCAUGAUGAACUAUGGUAUUCCUUCCUUUAGCCCUCUUCUGCCCCAUCCUACUAUCUUGGUGCCUUAUCCCAUUAUUGUUCCCCUACCUGUCCCCAUACCCAUUCCUAUCCUCAUUCCAGUCCCUUCUAAGGCAACCGUAGAAACUCCAAGUCACAGUGGUGUUAUCCAGUCUGUGCCAGAGGGGGUAGACAGGGGUAGAUCCAGGGCUACUGGGCCACCAUCUCAAGGGAUCCCUGAAGGGGACAGCAGAUUGGUUGCCAACAAAUUGGGUGGAACCUUGACUCAAGGUCUCCCCUCACCAAGUGUCCCCAACACAGAUUGGGUUAAAUCAGAGAAGCCAUUCCCAUCCCCAACAUCCACACCCCACAGUGGAGCAUCCUCCCCCAGAGCACAGUACAGUGAAUCCCCCUGCUCAGCCUCAGGGUCAGAGGGGCUGACAGACUAUAAGCAGCAACAGUCAGAGCGACAAGUCAUCCAAAGGGUUUUCCAAAGGACCCAAGUGAAACCCAGUGCCAAUGGAGUGAUGGACCUAUCAGGGCUGGGAGAGUCAGGAACUGGGCAGGGUACCAGAUCAGGGCUCCACGACAUCAUCAGACCCACCCCUCCUCUACUACAGUCCCCUUCACAUGACACUGUCUACCACCGCCAGGACUCCCACACUCCACCUUCACACACCCCACCCAGCCCCACAGGGAGCAGCCAUCCAUAUGAUGCCACAUCCCCUACCCUGAAAUCUCAGGACCACAGUCCAAAUGGGAUGUCUUCCUCAUCCAUACCUGCCAGUCCUGACUCCUCCCUACCCCAGAGAGUACCAGCACCACCCCCUGACCCUGUGCUCAGUGAGCUCGAGGCCAUAAAAGAAAACAAGUGCUCUGUUGUUGGCGCAAUUCGAGUUGAGGGCCCAGUCAAUCAGUCAGAAGAGCCCUUAGCAGUAGUCGGGGAGGUAGGAGAGGACCCCCAUGUUCCUGAUGAGGACCAUGCCUAUGCCCUACCCACAGCGCCAAAGACAGGGGGGACCACCACCCCGCUGCUCUUGCCCAAACUCAGGGACAAGGGUAGCCUGCGGAGCCCUGCUAAUAUGCCCAGUGCUGGAGAGAUGGAGCCAGCUCUAAAGAGGCGAUGCCUACGAAUCCGUGAUCAGAAUAAGUAGAGGAUGGAGACUCCCUGUUUAACACUGAAUGGCGGUGCCAGAUUCAGUGCCACGCCCUCUUGUGGACAACGCCAGUGCUAACACCCUCCAGCCUGUCAGCCCACCAGAGUGUUGCUCUGCCUGUAGACCAGCAGGGUGCCAACCCAGGAAGGAGUCCAGAUGGCCAUACUAUCACCAGUCAAUGUGUGGGAAGAACACAACACAGUCACACAUUUUGUCUUGGACCAAAGAGUAUUGCUGGCUAGUGUGUUAUGUUGUGUUCAGUGAGCGCUUGAUAUGGAGCAUCUCAGAUCUUCUCCCUGUCUGACAUUGCCCUAAAGUGUGUCUGUGUAUAUGUGUUGGUGUGGCUGCCCAGAUGCACUCCUCCUCCUCCUCUCCUUGCUCCACACAGCAGACAGGGCUCUGAUCAGCCUUGUGUGGUCUUCUCAGAUGGAGCCUGAACAUGAUCUCUUUCCAGGGGAAACGGUUUGUUUUCCCUGCCCGGCUUGCACAAAGAGCCACAUUGUUCCUCUCCCCAUAUCCCACGCUGACUCCCCACUCCAGGUUUUGGGUUACCUGGCCGACGGGGACUCAGACUUCAGGAGCUUUUUUUUUUAUUUUUUUGACUGGCAGCCAGGAAUAUAGUAUACCCUUCUCCCCUCCAGAUCACCGCCCAAUCUAAAUAUGGCACACAGUAACACAGUAGUUCUGAGGCUUGAUUCCUCAGAUUAAGACUUCAUCGUUGGGCAGUUUAUACACUGUGUGGAAAGAGCCUGGCUGUGCUGUCAAGACAGACGACUGAGCAGAAUAACACCAUGAGGAAAAAGGAUGCUCCCUCUGCUUCCUCUAAAACAAAGUAAAACUAGAAAAUGUGAGUGGGCACCUACUGAUAUACAGUAGCUGAGAUGGCUUGUGAAUACUUACAGUAAGUCCUCCUGAUGACGCUGGUCCCUCACCUUUCACCUGAUCUGCCAAAGCUUUGAUUUGAAUCACUUGUAGCACCAAGUGCCCUGCAUGUUUGCUUUAAAAUUCAUGGCACAUGACAGUUUAACUGAUCCUGAUUCAGAUUUUUUUUUUAAUGUAACUGAUCAGACGAUUCUAAAAAAAAUCAGGCUGGUAAUAUUACCAAAUGUGGUGUUAUACUCAACCGUCCAAUGCUGUAGUAUGCAGCAAUCAGUAUUACAGUUUCCGCUAUUGGUGAUACCUGAUGAAAUUUGAUUCAGAUAGAUCACUUCGAGGCUUUGUCAACACUUGUCCCAUUGUAAAAUUUUCUGUAAGUUUUUCUUGUUGAACUCUACACAGAUACUAUUUGAUGUUAUAUUAAUUUAUGGAUUAUGCAUCUGUAGAUUUUCACAAAAAAGUGCUUUAUUUCUUCAUUUUAUUUUUCUUUGAUGAUUGUAUUUUGUGUGCCGAAGCUCUUAAGUGUUUAUAUACUGUAUCCCCACUAGAGAGCAGUGUUUGCUUUUGUAACUUUGCACCUGCCCUUAGUUGACAAGAAAGCCCCAGGAGGUCCAUAGGCAGCCUGCUGAAACCCAUAUGAGUACACAGAACAUAACACGGCACUCAGUGCCAGCCGACUGAUAUCCAAUGCCAAGUAGAUAGCUUUCCUCCACAUCUUGCUGCCAUUAUUUUCUCUUUCCAUCCUAAUGUUGCCUACCAUUACAGCAGUGUCAAGAAGACCCAGAGUGCCCUUCAAUGCCUCUUAAUGAAGAGUUCAACAGUCCCCUGGGAUGAGCAGUCAUCAUGUCCUACUCCUAGAAUAACUCUAAAUGUGACCCACCCCUGCCAUCAUUCCAAAACUACAUGCCUACCAGUGUGUGUGUGUGUGUGUGUGUGUGUGUGUGU